AUGACUUUGAAUACUGUUGAAUUGUAUGGGGGUGCCAUUACUACAGUACUACCUGAUGGCUUCCUAGAUGUCUCUCUGCUACGUGAGGUACCUGACACACAAGAAGUAUACGUGAACAGUCGUGAUCCAUCAGCCCCUGUGUCUAACGAUGGCUUGGGCUACAACGAAAGUAUAAUCUUUGAUCUGUUGCAAAGGGUCGAGGUAGUGGACGAUAGAAUGGCACUGGACUUCCAUUUGAAAGAGAUCAGCGACUUGAACGGGUCUAGCGACUGGAAGAUGCUCAAAUACGACAACGAAGCCCACAGCGUCUUGUCUUCGACUGCUGCAGGCAUCGUCCCACAGACUUGUAUCUUACUGGAAUCUGUUGCCAAGUGGGGGAAAGUCAAUGAACCACCACGAGUCCUGCUCUCUUGUGUCGGGCUAUUAAGGCUCAAGGACGUCGAUACAGACGUUUUGAUCACUGUUAACGUCCCAUUAGAUUCCAAACGGUUUGCCGAUGAAACUUUAACCAUAACGGACCCUCAAGAUUCGAAAUUCUCCAUACCUGCUCGUGUCUAUGUAGCAUAUCAACUAUUACAAGAGAUAGUGGUGAAGUUUAAUGUAAGAGAUAAAUCAUUAUUCGUUUAA